GUAAAAUGUGCACCUUGCCAUCACUCUUAAAUAACUUUGUUUGGCGCAUAGAUCGAAAUUUCAAAAUCGAAAAUUUGCCAAACCCUACAAAAAUUUCAGUUUUCUCCCUCCAUUUCUACUAUCUACGACUUUCCUAAAGCAAACAACACUAUCUCGGCUCUUCGAGUUCAGAGUUCAGAGUUCAGACCCCCUACCUCUCCAGUCUCCCCUAUACUCUCCAUACUCCCUACCUUCUCCAAGAAAUGGAAACUGAAGCUGAGUUCGAUGGAUUAAUUGUUUCCCAGUCGGAAAAUCACUCACCAACGAAUCAUCGUUCGGAACCAAACCGGUUAAGAAAGGACAACUCGAUGGAGAUGGACUUCCAAACCUCCAUUGAAGCUGAUGAGUUAGAGAGAGAGAACGCAUCAGAUGGUUUAGAUCCUUUAUUUGAGGAUGCACAUCAGUAUAAAGCCAAAAGGGUUCUAGAAUUUGAUGAUAAUGAAUGUGGGUUGUCUGAGGAUAAAACGGAUUUUGAGUACGGGACUAACCAGAAUAAUAACAAGGGGAAAAAAAGGCGAAAUGGGGCAACGUCUCAGGGUAAUGAAGAUAAGAAGAGAAGAAUUAAUACAGACAGAGAGAAGAUCGAGAAGACGAGCAAAGGAAAAAAGGCAACUUCGAAUCGCACUCAAAACAAAGAGAGAAAAGCACAUCAAGCCCAGCUUGCUGAUUUUCAGAGGGUGAUGAGAGAGAGGAAAAACGUGGGUUUCAAGUCUGUGCCGAUGGUUGAGAAAUCCAUAUCUUCAGUAUUGGAAAAGAUCAGGCAAAGGAAGAUGGAGUUGUCGAAAAAGCGGUUAGUUUUCACUGAAAAAGAUCAAGCAAUUGAUGGAGUUUUCGCAAAAGAUCAGGCAAGUGAUGAUGGAGUUGCCGAUAAAGUUCACGCGAGUGAAGAUUCAGUUGUUUUAAAAGAUCAGAUAAAGAAAGAUGGAGUUGGUGAUAAAGACCAAAUAGAGGAAGAUGGAGUUUUUGAUAAAGAUCAGGGAAAUGCUGCACCCUUAAAAUGGACAACUGAAGAUAAGCAAAUUACCAAUAACAAUCCUUUGGUGGACGAUAUAACACAGUCGUUUAGAGCUCCAAUCAACGACACCCAGGACCUGUUUUUGGAUAUGAGGAGUGAUUCACAAGGUGACGAGUUGAAUGACUUUAGCUGUCCUGCUGAAGAUAUAGCUCCAUCGGCACCAUCGCUGAAUUUGGAAAUUGAUUCUGCUUUUGCCGAUGACAUCUCUUCUAAUGAUGAAGGAAGUGACAAGGAGAAUAUUAACCCCCACCCAAAACACCUGCUUAGAGAAAGUUCCCCUGCAACUGAGGAUCCAGUAAAAAAAUUUCUGGAUGAAGAAGCUGAAGAAGAUGAUAGUGAUAAUGAUCUUUUGGACAUUCAAGAAAAAGAUGAGGAAGAUAGUUCCGACAUGGAAGAAAAUUGCGAUUACAUUGCUACUGAUGUUGCAGAGAAACAAAUUGAUCGUCUUAGGGGAAACCAACGGCACCAAGAGUGGUGUCAGCAACAAGAUGAAGCUGAAACGAAUUUGCUCUUGCAAAAGCUACAUUAUGGUGUAAAGCAGAGUGAACCAUCCGUUUCUGAUGAUGAAGACGCUGACACAACAAGAGAUAAAGAAGAUGUUGACACAACAAAGGAUAUAGAAGAUGAAGAAGAUGAAUAUGAUAGAGAUGACCAUCACGUAUCCUCAUCUCGUGUAACUACAAAAAGGCUAAAGCAAAUGAUUCCACAAAUGUUUACAGAUGAAGAUGACGGAUAUGUAUCAUCGGGUGAUGAAGAAACAGAAAUCAGGUUGUCGAAGCAAUAUAUACUUCAGAAAGUGGCUGUAGAAAAGCAGUCAAAUUUUUUGUCUACAGCAGGAGACGAAACAUCUAGAGAAGUUUUUGGUCGUAUAAAAAAGCUCAAUGUCAUUCCAGAAACUAAGAAGAAAGCGAAAACAUCAUCAGUUUUUGAUGCUCUUGUCGUCAAAGGGACCAGUUAUACCUCUUCAAAGUCUUCCUUUCUGCAGCGAGCAUCCUGCCAUCCCGGGCCAUCAAGCCAUAGGCGUGGACCAAGCACUGGAAGAUCUUUUAUCUUUGGACGAGAUGACAGCAAUAGUAGGAGUUCAAUGUCAUUGCCUGAAGAGUCCCCCAAUUUGGGCCAGAGAGAAAGUCACGAGAAGAAAAGUAGUUCAACUAAAUUUGUGAGCUCCCAAGCCAAAUGGAGUACCCAACACACAGAGAUGGUAGGUGAUGCAGCAUAUAGCAACUCACUUUUUGAUAUACUCAGAUCCUCUUCCGUGAAAACUGGUUAUGAUACUCGGGAAAACAUAGUUGAUCACCAAACAAUAUUUGCUGCAUUUAGAUCAGUGAAGAAACAACUAAAGCUCCAGGGAAGAUCUUCUCAAGGAGAAUAAACACUUGUUUUUGUUUGAGUUUUAUAGGGCAUUAUCGUACUGGUUGGCUGGUAAAUAUUCAAUGUUGGAAUUAGUCAUUAAUGGCUUUGAAAAAUCUUCUGUUUUUUUGGGAGCCAUGGCUUAGAAGUCGAAGGCUGUGGUGUUUUCCAUGUGCAUUAUUGGCCAUCUCUAUUGAUCAUGUAAAUGAGCUUACGUUUCUGCUUUAUUUAUUGGUUCUUUUACCCUCUUGA